UGCCUCUGCAGGAAUCUUCCCGCCCUGCCCGGAGACUCUGAGCUUAGUCACUCCCAGACUGCGACCUGCCCAGGAAAACAAGCUGCAGGAAGCCUCACCUCACUUCCGUUUCAGACUACCACAAUAAAACGUUGACAGGGCGGGAGAAAACCUCCAGCCAGGUUAGACACGUUCACCACUGUGGAUAAAAAAGAACUUUUCUUUGCAAAAAAGAAAAAAAUCAACUCAAAUAUAGAACACAGAAUGAAACCUCCCUCCCACCUGCUGCCUUUUCUAAAUGUUUUUCUCUUUAUGCAAAGUGUCAGAUACAUAGAAAGAGACAUCUAAUUACAAUUUGGUUAUAAAACGCGUUAACAUGAGGAGACUGGGCCUUGAAAGCAUUCAUUCAGAGUUAUUAAGCACCAAUACUAAUGACAAGCAGUAAAGCAAACGGUGUAGUUUCCAACAGGAGGACAAUGUCUCAUAAGGUUUAAGUUUGGAGGAAACCUUACACAAAAUUUCAAAAUGCUCAUUUAUUCCUCUAGCGAGGUUCUCAGUUGUAAAACAAAAUUUAAAUAAAGAUGCAAUGACAGGUCGCUGUUUUUCCUCCAUAAUAACACUGAAACAUCCAUUCCAGAGUUUACAUUUCAAACACAAACUGCUUUUGUCUUUGACAAUCGCUACAUUUAAACUUUGGAACAUUCUCGCGCGCUGAAAUCAAGCGAUCACUCUCAUCCUCGCGCCUGUCCGCAUGGAGGCUCUCUGUUUAUUCUAACAUGAAGGAAUCUGCCGGCACGCGGAGCUGAACGGGGUCAGGGGGAUUAGCCCCCCCUCUGGCUGUAAUCUGCUCGGUCCUGCCGCGCUCUCACUGUGAAGGCGCCGCUUCCAGAGCGCGCGCCGGCGCGCCAGCAGCUUGGACUUUGGCUUCCAGCCGGACUUUGGCUCUGGACUUGACCCCCGUCACGUGGAGCGGCACACGGCGGAGCACCGGGGCAGAGAUGAGCGACCUGUGGGUCUCCCUGGCCGUGGUGGGGGUCGCGGUGCUCCUCAGCGAGGCGAUCCGCCGCGCGGCCGCGCGUCUUUUCCCCGGCGCGUGCUGGAUCUACCUGCUGGAGGCGGCGUCCACCUUCCAGCUCUGCUGCUGCACGCACGAGCUCAAGCUGCUGGGGGAGACGUCCGGGCUGGAUCUGUCGGUCGGCCUCACGCUCACCUACACCGUGACGGUCGUGCACCUGUGGACGUUCCGCGAGGCGACCUGUAACCCCGCCGGGGUUCUGGAGAGCGUCUGCCGCGGCGCCAGAGGCGUGCGCGCGGCCGGCGCCGUCGUCGCCUGCCAGGUCGCGGCCGCGAUAGCCGCGCGGCACUUCGUCGCGUCCGUGUGGUCGCUGGGGCUCUCGGACGUCCACGAGGGGCACCGGAAGAUCGGGUUCCGGUGCUCCGACCCGCUGGGGGGCACGGUGCUGCAGGCCGCCGCCGUGGAGAUGGCGUACGCCUUCACGCUCCAGGCCGCGGUCACGCAGCUCCACAGGAUGGACAAGAAGCUGCGGCCGCACUUCCUCUCCGCGGUCAUCACCGCGCUGGUGUACGCAGAUGGAGGCAUUUCGGGCGCCGUCUUCAACCCGGUGCUGGCCUUCUCCGUGCAGUUCCCCUGCAGCGGACACACCUACCUGGAGUACUGCUUGGUGUACUGGCUGGGGCCCGUGCUGGGCUUGGCGAGCUGCAUCCUGCUCCUGGAGAAGAUCAUCCCCUUCCUGUCUGGAAGGGGCGGCGUGAGGCUGGGCGCCGCCGCGGCGCAGAAGCAGAAGACCCAGUAACAGCUGCCGGUUCCACGUCGACGUGCCUUCACCGUGAGAACGGCGAGUCCAGGAGUCCAGACGCCAGUGUGUUUCCUGCUGAAGCACUGAAUGUGGCCUGGAAGCCUCUUUCGAUCAACACCAAGCUGCUGCGUUUGCUUUUCUCCGGCGGGUUCGGUUGCGGAGAAGCACUCUGACGUUCUCUCCAGACUUUCCUUCAUGCUGACAGUCGUGAUCACGGGAAAGAACCGCGGCCGAAUGCUCCUGAGGGCUGGAGGAGCAGGACCAGGCUCACUCUGACGUGUCGGAGGCUGUCUGUGUUCAGUCAGCUCAGGGAUUGAUUGAAGUUGAUUGAAGGGGAAAAGCACAAACUGCUGCUGUAACUCAGUAAUCAUACCAAUGAUUUCAGCCUGAAAGACCAAAGCUCUGCUGUCUGUUAAAUUAUGAUUCUGCUGUUUGUUUCUUGUCAAUGCUGAGAGAAUAAUUCACUCUGGGAUCAUGUUGGGUAUAUGUCUCUGAUUUCUUCUCCAUGGAAAAAAAAAAUGUCUGAAUGAAUGAUAUUAACUGACAGCCUCAAAUACCUCAAAACAUUUGUAUUUUAAUUAUGAAUAUAAUCAUAAGUGGGCUUUCAGGUACUGAUGUGAUUUAAAUCCAUUUU